GCAAAUGACAGGAUAUAAAACCGGAAAGAUGAGACAGUAUAAAACUCACCUCACAGGUCACUGUGGCUGUGCGUUUCAUCAAGGUAAAUAAUUGGACAUGGAUGGAAAAGUUCUGUUGGUCUGUAUCCUCUACGGUCAUGGGGUAAUCUUUGUCCCAUUGGUUCACUGCCUGAUCUACGAGUACCACUUCAUCAACACACCCGUGACCUGGAGCGAGGCUCAGCAGUACUGCAGAGAGAACUUCACUGACCUGGCCACAAUAGAAAGAGAGGAGGACUUGUCUAAACUUGCAAUUCCGUCUGGUCAGUGGGCUUGGAUUGGUCUUCAUGAUAAUCCUGCUGCAUGGAAGAACGUCAUGACUGCUGACCCCAAUUCCUGGAGAUGGUCUGCUACUGGGACCACCAGCCCUGGAGGAUACCAGAACUGGGCUUUAACUCAGCCAGAUAAUUAUAAUGCUGGAGAAUCCUGUGUUUAUAUAAAAAACAACAUGUGGGCAGACUAUUCAUGUAAAGGCUCUGCCCCUUGUGCUUGUUACAAAGAUCAAUCAGGCGUCAAAGAGUUCUUUCUGAUAAAAAACAUAUAUAGGACGUGGGCUGAAUGCCAGAGUGUCUGCAGACAGCAGUACCAGGACCUGGCAAUGAUUGAGAGUGAAGCUGAGAACCAGGCUUUGGGGGCCAAGGCAGGACAGACUGCUACCUGGAUUGGUCUGUACCGAGAGCCGUGGCUCUGGUCUGACCUCAGCAGUAGCAGCUACAGGAAGUGGCUUCCAGGAUCACCUAAUAACUACGGAGGCAGAUACAGGGUGCAGUGGUAA